AUGAUGUGUUUUCUUAAACUAACUAUGUUUCUGUUCUUUUGUCUUGUCAUUGUUCAUACUCAUUCUAGAGUUCUUGUGGAGGAACAUAUUGAUAUUGGCCUUGUGAAUGAUAGAAACGCACUAGUUUCAUUCAUGUCAUGCAUUGUUUUCGACCUCGAAAAUGCGCUAACGAGUUGGAAAUCGAAUGUUAUUCAUGUUUGUGAUUGGUCUGGUGUGAAAUGCAACAAUGCAAGUAAUAAUAGAAGGAUCAUUGAGCUUGAUCUAAGUGGAAGAUCAUUGACAGGAACUAUUUCUCCUUCUCUUGCUAACCUCUCUUCGUUGCAAAUUCUCGACCUUUCUCGAAAUCAUUUGACGGGUCACAUUCCAAGAGAAUUAGGCUAUUUAGUUCAUCUUCAAGAACUUAGUUUAUCUUGGAAUUUUCUUCAAGGGGACAUUCCUUUAGAGUUUGGUUCAUUGCACAACAUGUAUUACCUUGACUUGGGAAGCAAUCAACUUGUGGGAGAGAUUCCUCCAUCACUUUUAUGUAAUGGAACUUCAUUGAGUUACAUAGAUCUCUCUAAUAAUUCAUUAGUGGGAGAGAUUCCAUUAAACAAUAAUAAGUGUGUGCUUAAAGAGCUUAAGUUUCUAUUACUUUGGUCUAACAAACUUGUAGGACAAGUUCCUUUGGCUCUUUCAAACUCUACCAAGCUUAAAUGGCUUGAUUUGGAGUCAAACAUGUUGAGUGGUGAACUUCCAUCUAAGAUUAUAUGUAAUUUUCCACAUUUGCAAUUCCUCUACUUAUCAUAUAACUAUUUUGUUAGCCAUGAUGGGAACACUAACCUUGAACCUUUCUUUGCUUCCUUGAUGAACUCGUCGAACUUUCAAGAACUUGAAUUGGCCGGAAACGGUCUUGGCGGGAAGCUUCCACGUAUUAUAGGUAGUCUUUCGUCUGGCGUGCAGCAUCUUCACCUACAAGAGAAUCUCAUACAUGGCUCUAUACCACCUCAGAUUUCCAACCUUGUCAAUUUAACUUUCUUGAAGUUGUCUAGUAACCGAAUUAACGGAACAAUCCCUCGAAGCCUAUGCAAGAUUGUUAGGCUAGAGAGAAUUUACUUGUCGAACAAUUAUCUAUCUGGUGAAAUUCCUUCAACUCUCGGCGACAUCAAGCAUCUUGGACUACUUGAUUUGUCGAGAAACAGACUUUGUGGUACGAUACCAGAUAGUUUUUCCAAACUCCCUCAGUUAAGAAGGCUUUUACUUUACGACAACAAACUUUCCGGAACAAUUCCUCCUAGUCUAGGAAGCUGUGCGAACUUGGAGAUUCUAGACUUGUCUCAUAACAGAAUCACAGGGAUGAUUCCUUCAGAAGUUGCAGCAUUGAGUAGCUUGAAACUAUACUUGAAUUUAUCGAACAACGAGUUACAAGGUCCUUUACCAUUAGAACUAACCAAAAUGGAUAUGGUUCUAGCUAUCGAUGUAUCCGUGAAUAAUCUCUCAGGAAGAAUCUCACCAGAGUUUGAAAAUUGCAUAGCAUUAGAAUAUCUAAAUCUUUCUGGCAAUUCCUUAGAGGGUCCUCUCCCUAAUUCUUUAGGACAAUUGCCUUAUAUUCAAUCACUUGAUGUAUCUUCAAACCAAUUGAAUGGAACAAUACCAGAGUCUCUUCAGUUUUCUUCCUAUCUCAAAACACUUAACUUCUCUUUCAACGAAUUCUCAGGAAAUGUCUCAAACAAAGGAGCAUUUUCGUCUUUAACCGCAGACUCUUUUCUAGGAAACGAUAAUCUCUGUGGUCCAUUUAAAGGCAUGAAACAAUGUCAUAGGAAAAAAAGUUACCAUUUGGUGCUUUUGUUAGUUCCUAUGUUACUCUUUGGCACACCUAUGAUAUGCAUGUGUAGGAACUCCAUGAUAAUCAAGUCAAAAGUGAGAAAACAACUGCGGGCUGUUAGUGACGGAUGUGACAUGGAGGAUGGAGAAGAAGACGAAACAAAAGAGCUCAGGUAUCCAAGAAUUUCUUAUAGACAACUUCGAGAAGCUACCGGAGGGUUCACUGGUUCAAGCCUCAUCGGUUCAGGUCGGUUCGGAAGAGUUUACAAAGGUGUACUCUUAGAUAAUACAAGAGUAGCAGUUAAGGUAUUAGAUACAACAACAACGCCAGACGGUGAGAUAUCACGGAGCUUUAGACGAGAAUGCCAAAUCCUUAAAAAGAUAAGGCACAGAAAUUUAAUAAGGAUCAUUAAAAUUUGCAGCAAGAAGGAGUUUAAGGCUAUUGUUCUUCCAUUGAUGCGAAAUGGAAGUCUUGAGAGGAACUUAUAUGAUCGAAACAAUGAGUUAAGCAAGAGGUUGAGUGUGACUCAAAUGGUUAAGAUUUGCAGUGAUGUAGCUGAGGGAAUGUGUUAUCUGCACCAUUACUCUCCUGUGAAAGUAGUGCAUUGUGAUCUUAAGCCUAGUAACAUACUACUAGACGAUGAUUUCACGGCUUUGGUUUCGGAUUUUGGAAUUUCGAGGGUUCUAAAAGGCGACGAUGGCAGUAACUCGACAUCUUUCAGUUCAACACAUGGUUUGUUAUGUGGCUCCGUUGGCUAUAUAGCUCCUGAAUAUGGAAUGGGAAAACAUGUUUCAACUGAGGGUGAUGUUUACAGUUUCGGAGUAAUUCUGUUAGAAAUAGUGACCGGUAAACGCCCUACCGACGUCCUCAUCCAUGAAGGCUCUAGCUUGCAUGAUUGGGUUAAGAGACAAUACACACAGCCACACAAACUUGAAAGCAUUGUUGAACAAGCACUUCAAAGAUUCUCUCUUUCUUGUGCGCCAAGGCACGACAACAAAAUUUGGGAAGAUGUUGUGUUGGAACUCAUUGAACUAGGACUACUCUGCACGCAACCGAACCCUUCAACAAGACCGACGAUGCUAGAUGUAGCAUACGAGACGGGGAGCUUGAAGGAUCACCUCACUAAUUUUUUCGCAAGAGAAGACAAUUUAAUUCUUUAA